UAACGCAAGGUUCUAAAGAAAAAUAUUUUAAUAUCUAAUAUGAAUAACUUUAUAUUCACAAUAUCUUACUAAACAUGAAGAGAAACACGCACCUAUUCGAUCUUUACUGGGAAGAUAUUAUAAUGUCUCACAUUAUACCUCACCUCACCAUACGGGAGUGUUUCAAUUUUCGCUGCGUAUCCAAAACCUGUCUUCAGAUAGUAAACAUGUAUUUUACUAAGAUAAAAGCAUUGAAACUGAUGAAUCAAGGUUUCUCGCCACACACGUUCAGUGUAUUCGCAUCAAACUGUUCCAAGCUUACAGUGUUAAACCUGAAUCGAUGCUCAUCAGUGACAGAUGCAGAUCUGAUCCCAGUUUUAAGGCAUAACGUAAAUUUGGUAAAUUUAAACCUAAGUCAGUGUAAUAAUUUGUCUGCAAAAUGUCUGCAGCCAGUAAUUCUGUAUUGUAAUAAUUUACGUACGCUGAAACUAGCACGUUGCUCGUGGCUGACGACGGGGGCGAUGGAGGCUCUAGCUUUACACCAGUGUAUGCUGGAGGAUGUAGAUUUGUCUCAUUGCUUGACAAUCUCUGAGGGUUGCAUACUUAUAUUUAUUAAAAAGUUUAGACUCCUUAGGAUAUUUAAUUUAGAAGGCAAUAAGCAGAUAACAGAUAAGUGCUUGUAUGCCAUGUCGAAGAAUAGUUGUGUAUUGAAAAUGCUCAAUCUGGGAGGGUGCUCGGACAUCACAGACAAAGGAGUGAGAGCACUAGCCCUUCACUGCCCUAACCUAGAGGGCCUUCUAGUCCGAGGCUGCACAAAGGUGACGGAGAACAGUCUCCAGCUGAUGCGGCCACGGGUGACCCUGGACCGGAGGCCUGUGGACCCAGUGCCCAGGCCUAUCUACAUACAGAUAUAAAGCAUAAUUCAUAAUUCUUUAUUGCAAACCAUGGUUACAGUACAGGUAUUGAAUGUAGUAUGAUGUCUCACAUGGACCCUGCAAGGGCACAGCAUAUAAUAACUUAUCAUUAAAUUUUAUUAUUAUUAUUAAAAAAAAAGAAUAAAUUAAACAUUGAAAACAUAUAUAUAUAGGUAAAAAAACAUUAAUCCAUAGAAUUUAUCAUAACAUAAAAUAGUAUACUCAAAUAAAUAAUUAAUUGUUGUGAGUUUCAUAUUUCAAAUUUAAUAAUAAUUAGAAGUAGGUAGGUGUAAGUUAAUCAAUCAAUAGAAGGUGUCUCCAACGUCGUCAUCAAAAAAAUCUUUUAAUUUGUAGUAACACUUAUUUAUCAGGAAGUCUUUCAACAUCUUAUUAAAUUUCUUGUUGUUUUCUUGACCUUUAAUAUUAUCUUGAAGGUGGUUAUAAAUUUUAACCGCCAUGACAUUUGGACUUGCACUAUGGAGUUUGAGGUUAG